AGACUUUUGCGGCGGACCCCAACAGCAAAUGCAGCAGGUGCAAUGACCAACAUGAAGCCUCGCUAUAAGAGCUCCUCAUGAGCUUUAUGCUCGUCGGCCACGUCCAAGGAAAACAGUAACGAACAGAGACUAUUCCACCCCGUCCCGUGGUGUGUCUCGCUGCUGGGACGUCACCGUUACUUCACACAACAUUGCCAUCAACCUCACACGCCUACACAUACACAAUUUGGUCGCGACGUGUCAAGACAGAACAUCCGCUGCCUACGAGAACCACCAAAAAAUACUACCAGCGCGGGCAGCCGCGUCAGUCCCCAUGGGCACCGCUUACGUGCUCGACCACUACUACCUGGGCAUUACGGCCAUUGUGACCGUCGCCUACCAGCUCUUGUUCUUCGCCAUCGCCUUUACGUUCAAGUUUGAUAAGCUCACGGACCUCGCCGGCGGCUCCAACUUCGCCGUGCUCGCCAUCCUGACCCUCGCGCUCUCGGGCCACCACCACGCCCGCCAGCUCGUCGCCUCGCUCUUCCUCAUCGCCUGGGCCAUCCGCCUCUCGGGCUUCCUCUUCUUCCGCAUCCUGCGCACGGGCUCCGACGACCGCUUCGAUGACAAGCGCGACCGCUUCUUCCCGUUCCUCGGCUUCUGGGUCGCCCAGAUGGUCUGGGUCUGGGCCGUCUCCCUACCCGUCACCGUCCUCAACAGCCCCGCCGUCACUGCCUACCCCCAGCACGACUUCGGCACCGGCCGCGACAUCGCCGGCGUCGUGCUCUUCGCCAUAGGCUUCGUCAUGGAGAGCGUCAGCGACGUGCAAAAGUACAGGUUCCGCCAGGCGCAUGACGGCUCGGCCGUGUGCGACAAGGGCUUCUUCUACGUCUCGCGCCAUCCAAAUUACUUUGGAGAGAUACUGAUACAAUUUUCCAUCUACAUGAUCGCCGUAUCCUCGGCGGCGGACGGCUACGUCGGCGGCCAGGCGUACAAGGCCCUGUACGCCACAAUCCUCGGCCCCUUCCUGCUCACCGUCCUCCUCAUGUUCGUCUCCGGCCUGCCCCUCUCGGAACGACCCAAGGCCAAGUCUCGCUACGAAAAGGGCAACAACUGGGAGGGAUACAAGCGCUGGCUCGACCGGACCAGCGUCCUCAUCCCCUUCCCGCCGCAGCUGUACGAGCGGGUGCCCGUUUUCCUCAAGCGGACCGUCUUCCUCGAGCUCCCCAUGUACGUCUUCGAUCCGGCGAAGCACUCGGAUGUGAAGCAUCCCAAGGGCGCCAAUGAGAAUAGACACGACUCGCAAGACCGAGCGACAACGCGGAAUAGGCAGAGCGGUGAGGAGAGUCUUGUCUAGCUAGCAGCGAUUUAGCGAUUGAUCAGGAUUUACGUAAUGACAAAUAGAUGUUUUUUCCUCCAAGAC